AUGACGCCCUCCAUGACCCUCACGGUUGUCCCGGCGCUGCUGCUCCUCCUCCUGGCGGCGUUCGCGCCCGAACUGGCGGCAGCAGCAAGCUCCUCCAGGCGCACCAUCCAUCAGCCUCCCCAUUUCCCUGCUGGACUCGCUUCUCUGUAUCACUCCAGCGGCAGGUACGCCGUGGCGGACAACGGCACGGUGAAGCCGUUCACGGCGCACUACUUCCCGCAGGAGCUGGACCACUUCACCUUCACGCCCAACUCCUCCCGCGUCUUCUCCCAGAAGUACCUCCUCAACGACACCUUCUGGCGGCGGAAACCCACCGCCGGCCCGCUGUUCGUGUACACGGGCAACGAGGGCGACAUCGAGUGGUUCACCACCAACACCGGCUUCAUGUUCGACAUCGCACCGGAGUUCGGCGCCCUACUCGUCUUCAUCGAGCAUCGGUUCUACGGGGAGUCACAGCCGUUCGGGAACGACUCGGACAAGUCGGCCGACACCCUGGGCUACCUGACAUCCACGCAGGCGCUCGCCGACUUUGCCAUCCUCAUCACCAGCCUCAAGCAGAACCUCUCCGCCGUCGAUGCCCCCGUCAUCGUCUUCGGUGGCUCCUACGGAGGCAUGCUGGCAUCAUGGUUCAGGCUCAAGUACCCUCAUGUCGCCAUGGGGGCCUUGGCGUCCUCUGCACCAAUCCUGCAGUUCGAUGACAUCACCCCGUGGUCAGGCUUCAAAGACACUGUCACGCGAGAGGUAUCCGAGAGCCUGAAUUGCUUUAGUGUCAUCAAGGCGGUCUGGGAUGUGUUAGAUGACAGGGGAUCAAACGAGACAGGGCUCUUGGAGCUAAGCAAAACCUUCAGAACCUGCAAGACCGUGCAAUCCACUGAUUCGCUGACAAACUUUCUAUAUACGGCAUUCAUCUACACGGCCAUGACGGACUAUCCAACUCCAGCCAAUUUCCUGCAAAAUCUGCCUGCUUACCCUGUCAAAGAGAUGUGCAAGAUCAUUGAUUCUUUUCCCGCGGGAGCAGACGUCGUCGAAAAAGCUUUCGCAGCGGCAAGCCUGUACUACAAUUACACAGGCGACCAGAAGUGCUUCCAAGUGGAAGGUGGGGAUGACCCCCAUGGCCUCAGCGGCUGGGACUGGCAGGCCUGCACAGAGAUGGUCAUGCCAACGACUGUGUCGAAUGAGAGCAUGUUUCCACCAUUCAACUUCAGCUACGAGGAGAGGUCCGAGAGGUGCCUUGCCAGCUAUGGAGUUCGUCCGAGGAUGCACUGGAUCACUACUGAAUAUGGUGGCCAUAAAAUUGACAAAGUUCUCAAGAGGUUUGGGAGCAACAUUAUCUUCUCCAACGGGAUGCGAGACCCGUGGAGUCGAGGCGGGGUGCUCAAGAACAUAUCAUCCAGCAUCAUUGCUCUUGUCACAGAGAAAGGGGCCCAUCAUUUGGACUUCAGAUCUGCAACCAAGGAUGACCCAGACUGGGUUGUAGAACAAAGGAGACAGGAAGUUGAGAUCAUACAUGGAUGGAUAGAUCAGUAUAACAAGGACAUUGCACAGAUGUAGCAGUAAGAAGGCGCCAUUGAUUUUCAUAGUUGAGGAAAAU